CCCCCGACGAGUGAGGUGCUGCUCCUAUUGAGCAGAGCAGAUGAGUUGACAUUACAAGUUAGCUUAUGAGUCGACAGAUGUGCUAGAUUUUGGAGUUUAAAAGCUGAAACAGCAGCCAGCAACACGUGAAAUCAGAAUGAACAGAAGAAAGUUGGCAUCGAGUCGAAGAGGUAAAGGAAAGUUUCUGCGUGUAGAUGAUGCAGAAACACAGCCAGAUGUUGAAUCUAGAGGGGGUGUUCAGUAUGAGGCCAGCGGUAAUGAACAUCCAGAAACACAUGGGUCUGUAACAAAGCAGCCUAAAGUGCAGGAAGAAGUAGCUCAAGAGAGUGAGCGUGACAUGACUGCGCCACAAGCUGCCUUCUUGGUCUCUGCCUCUGCAGCUGAGUACUCUGAGGAUAAAACUGGCAUGUUAUGCCCAGAAGAUGUCAAACACAUUUUAGACUCCAAAGAUGUCAGUAUGCAGCCUUUUAAAAAAGAGACCAAGCUGGAAGUCAUUGAGAGUAGCAACACUCUUCAAAGUGAGGAAGUCAAUGAAAAUCUGCAUGACCGUCUCCCUGAGCUAACCAGUUUAAGUGCUUCUGCAUCAGAUCAACAGACGAUCGGCAAACAGGCUGAAGAUUUUAAUCUGUGUUCUGUGGCUGAAUUAAACAGCAGCAAGACAGAUGACUCAGGCUUGUUCAGACAAGAUGAGCGUUUACACGGCAACUUUUCAGUAUGUGAGUCACGUGUUAAUACAUCUAUCACGCCUCAGAUUACUGCAGAUAACGCCUUCAGAGAAAACAUUCAAAUUAACAAUGGUGUUGAACAAGAAACAUUUUUAUUUCAAACAGACGAGUUGCCUACAAGUAAAGACGACAAACACUGUACACCUAAAGUCAGAGAUGCCAGGCUUUCACAGGAGAUGGAAGACAAUCAGUAUGAUCAAAAUAAGUUUACACAAGAGCAAGUCGAGCAUGAAAAGCAUAACUCCACUGAAGAUCUACUGUAUGACGACAAAGAUUACGGUUCUUACUUUGAAAACCAGAAAUCUGAAUCCGAUAGUUGCCAACGUUUGUUUCUGGUGAAAAGCACUGCAGACAAACAGGAUGUUUUGACUGCAACAGAAGAAACUUCUUUGGACCGGAUGGAUCAGAGUGGCAGUCUUGUGGAGGAUAACAUACAAACUCUUCCAUCAGACUUUAAGGCUACUAUAGAGCCUCAGCUUCACAACAGCUCUCUGACCACAGAUGACCAUACCAAAGCAGGUUCCAGCUCUGGUGCUACUAAAAGAAAAUUUGGAUCUAGUCGUAAAAGUAAAGGAAGACAUGUUAAAGACUCUAAGGAGGACAUUUUAGAAAAUACUCUGAGCAAUGAAUUUCUUGAAACACCAACUGUAUUGUCAGAAACACAGGAGACAGGGCAUGAAGAAGUGAGUGAUGUCACUGCUGCUGACACAGUCUUGUCUCUUUCAAAUAGAGGCACAGUUUGUUUGAUAUCACCACAUGAUCUUUCUUCUGAAUAUCCUGAGCCAGACACGUAUAGUUUGACAUUAACAUGUGAAAGUCUUCAAAAAGGUCAAGACAAAACAAAUUCAGAGAUUUUACCUGAAAUGGGUGAAGACCCCAUAGAUUCUCUUUCAGAGGACGUUCCAACAAAUCUGCAGAAAGUUGAGUUUCAUCCAACUCAAAUGCAAGAAAUCCUGCAAAUUCAACAUUCAUCUGAAAUUAUUCCAGAUUAUGUUACAGAACAUUUUGAAAACAUUUCUGAAAACCUAAAUGACCGACCUGAAAUGUCUGAUUCUGCUGGAGAAAGCACUGAUAAUGUUACCGCCAAACAGCAAGAUCAGCAAACAGAGGAAAACAUCUUUGAAUAUACACAUAGUGUGGAACAGAAAAAUGAGAGUUAUGAUUUACAUGAUGCAAAUUCUUUACAAGUCAGUAACUUGGAAAAGUCAAACUCUACUCCUACUCAGGUUUAUGAGUUUAAAAAAGGAGUAGAGAAAGAUAUAAAACUUGCUGCAGACCAAAUGUAUCACCAGGAGAAAGGAUUCUUUGAAAUAGGGGAGGAAAACCCUGUUUUGAUUGACUCACAGCCUCAAGAAACCUCUGGGAUUGUAGAUGACCAAACCAAAGGCUUUUGUAGCAGUGGCAACAGAGGGAAACUGGGGUCUGGCCAGAAAAGUAGGGGAAAACACGAUAAAGGCUCUAAAGAAGAGGUUAGAGAAAAGACCAGUGAUGAAGAAACCACACAGAUUUUAGAUACUAAGAUUAUGAGCCAAGAAGAACUGAGGCUAGACAUUUUGCCAGUGUCAUCUGACAGCCCAAUUCUUUCAAUCUUUGCUCCUGGCCAUUCCUUAGAGGAUCCAGAUAGUUUGAUUACAAGAAGUGUAAAUAUUCCAGAAAGUCAGAAAAACUCAGAAACAGACAUCAAUAUGGAUUUAUCUGAUAAAUCAUGGGGAGAGACUUUGGGGCGUCAGUCUGACACUCAUAAGAGUAAAUCAGGGAGUCUUCAGACUGAUCCAGGUGUUGAUAUGAGAAAAAGUCAACACGAGGCACUACAAGAACCACAACUGCAGCAAAACGAUUACACUGUUGCUGGUCAGGUGGAGGAAGUUGGAGUCUUUGUGGAAGAUACCAAACACGAUCCUUCUAACCCUCUAUUUCAAGCCAAUUCACUGAGCACAAAUGAGCAAACAGAUACUGGCUUCAGUGGGAGCAGAAGAAAACUGGGGUCCAGCCAGAAAGAAAAAGGAAGACAGCAGGGUGAAAUACCUCAACAGGAAGUUUUAGAAAGUACAAGAGAUGAUGAAAUACACGAGAAGCAAACAAUGUUGAUGCAGGAAGAACUAACUGAAGACAGUGAACCCAGGACUACCACUUCAGUUUCAGAUAACUCAUUGUUUCCAAAUUCUCCACUUGAUCAAUCUUUUGAGGAACUGAGCUGUGUGCCAACAAAAUACUCUGAAACCGACUUGGAGGAUAUAAGUGUGAACAGUGGGAAUUUUCAGAAAAAUCAAAAUGAAAGCAAGUUAGACACUGAAAAUGCAGUGGAUGUCUCUCAGCGAGCUAUGGAUGAAUUUGAGGACAAUUUAGAUGCUGUUGCAGGAGAUGAAGAAAUCAUGGACGGUGAACAUUCAGAUAAUACGGUAAAACAAGAUCAGGAAAAUGAGGACCCACUAAAAGACUUAGAAGGAAAUCUGGAAUUGGAUUACAUAUCUGAGAUUGUGGCACAUGAUAUUUCUAAAUAUCCAGAAACAGUUUUGGGAGGCUUGGCUGACCAAGCUAAAGUCACCAGCAAUAUUCAUUCAGAGCUCACUGUGAAAAGUACAGAGGAUUCUGCUACCAAACACAAACUUGUGCUUAUUGAAGACCAACAAAACACGUGUUUCACAGCAGAAGGAAAUGUGGAGGCUUUAGAUCAGACAAGUAAGGAUGGCCACCUGUACGAUUCGAAGGAAACCUCGAUCAACAAUCCAGUUGGAGUAAGCGCUAAUCUUGGUCAGAUGGAUAAAGGUGGGAGCCUUGUAGAAGGUAGUGAGCGCAACCCUACUGACACCAAUCUUCAGGACACUUCUCUGACCACAGAUGAGCAAAAUGAUGCUGACUUUAGCUUCAAAGGGAACAGAAGAAAACUUGGAUCUAGUCGUAGAAAAAAAGGAAGACAAGAUGUUAAAGAAUCUAAACAGGAAGUUUUAGGAGAUAAUGGAGGAGAAAAAGUUGGUAUUGAUACAUCGCCAGUGUUGUUAAAAGUAAAGACGUCUGAGCAGGAAGAACUAAGUAAAGCCAGUGAGGAGGACAUCUUUUGGUCACAUAGCAUCUCCAUGUCACAUGUUCUUUCUUCUGAGGAUCAAACCUCUGAGGUAACAGAAGGGCCCGGCACACACUUGAAAGGUUUAAUUAUGAAAUGUGAAAAUCAUCAAGAAGAUAUAGACAAAAGAAAUUUUAAUGUUUUGGUUCAAGAUGGUAAACAAUCAGAGGAUUUAUCAUUGAGUCAAUAUAAAGCUCACCCUGAAGAUACUAAAGAUGCUGGUUUAGAGGACAUUAUGGUGGAACACCCAGAAGAAGUUCAUUCAAUAACAAUGCAAGACAAUCUUCAAAUGGGAUAUUCUUCUGAAACUUCAACUAAUAUUGAUCAAACAUUUGAUAUUAUACCUGAAAAUCUUACUGAACAAAAUGAAAGGUCUCAGCUUACAGUAAAAGGUAAUGGUGAUUUUACAGAAAAACAGGGAGAAUGUCCUACAGAAGAAAUUAUCUCAGAGACUCUAGAUCUGCAAAGUGGAGAAAUAGUACAGGAUGACACAAAACCCAAAGUUGAUCAAACAUUUCACGAGGAGAAGCAAGUAAUGUUCUAUGAAAUGGAGGAAAACAAACCUGUUUUGUCAAACUUUCAAAUUGAAACAGUUUCUUUGGCUCCCAGGCCUCAGGAAACGUCUGAGAGCACAGAAGAGCAAAUUAACACAGACUUCUCCAGUAGUGCCAGCAGACGAAAAUUGGGAUCCAGGCGUAAAGGCAAACCAAAACAACAAGUUAACGAAUUUACAGAUGAGGUCAAUGAAAAGACCAGAGUAGAUGAAGUAGAUGAAACCCACAGAACAACACAGAUCUCAUUAGAUACAAAGACAAUCAGCCAUGAAGAAAAAAGACAAGACAUGGAGCAGGAUGCAACCUUAUUGGCUUCUAAUGACAACUCAUUUUCAGUCAUUGCUUGUGGUGAUUCAUCUGAAGUUCAAGACCCAAUACAAAAGAACCAUCCUGAGGUUGAGCUGGACAGUUUAAUUCAAGGAAUUGUAAAUUGUCCAGAGAACCAAAAUCAAUCUGAGUUUCUGCAGAGUAAAGACAAGACGCUUCAGAAUAAAGAAGUGAUGAGCCCUGAACAUUCAGACAAUGCUGUAAUACAGGCUCAUGAACAUGACGACACACCAACAGACAUAGAAAGAAGUCUGCAAAUGGAUUCCUCAUCUGAAACUGUGACACAUGGUGUUCACAGCUCAAUGUUUGUUCCUGGGCAUUCAUCUGAAUUUCAAAGCUCAAUGGGAAACAACCAUCCUGAGACUGACCCGAAGAGCUUAAUUCAAAACAAUAAGCCAGGUGAUCAUGAUAGAAUACAUUUAUCUGAUAAUUCUGAGGAAGACUCUUUAUUGGAUAAAUCUGACUUUCUGCAGUGUAAAGACAGGGCUCUUCAGAAUAAAGUCACUGGUGAUGAGCAUUCAGAUAAUCCUGUAAAACGUGCUCAGGAAAAUGAGGAUCUGCCAUCAAACAUAGAAGGAAAUCUGGAAAUGGAUUACACACCUGAGACUGUGGCACAUGAUGUUCCUAAAUAUCCAGAAACUGCUUUGGAAGGAGUGACUGACCAAGCUGAAACCAGCAGUGAAACUCAUUCAGAGCUCACAUUGAAACAUACAGCGGAUUCUGGUACAGACCAGGAACUACUACCUGCUGAAGACCAACAAAACAUGUGUUUCACAGCAGGAAGAAAUCUAGAGGCUUUAAAUCAGACAAGUAAGGACGACGACCUGUAUGAUUCAAAGGAAACAUCAGUCAGCGGCCCAAUUGGAGUAAACACCACCCUUGGUUACAUGGAUGAAGGUGGGACCCUUGAAGAAGGUAGUGAACACAACUCUAAUGUUCAGGACAGUUCUCUCAGCACAAAUGAACAAACAAAUGAUGGCUUCAGCUUCAGUGGGAACAGAAGAAAACUGGGGUCUAGUCGUAGAACUAAGGGAAGACCAGGUUUUAAAGAAUCCAAGCAGGAAGUUUUUGAAAGUCACAGAAGCGAUGAAACUCCCCAGACCUCAACAAUAUCAGUAGAAACAAGGGGAUCAGAGCUUGAAGAACUGAGUGAAGAUAUUGAACAUAAAAUUAUUCUGUCUCUUUCACAAGACUUGUCUUCAGUAUCACCACCCAUUCUUUCUUCUGAGAAUCAGAGCACUGUGUUAAAAAAUGACUCUGACACAAACCAGCAGAUUUUAAUUCUUAAAAAUGAACAUUUUGGAGACAAAGGUGAAAGAAAGUCAGAGACAGAAGUUGAAAUGAUUGAGAAAUCAAUGAAUGUUCUGCAACAAGAGGUGGGUCAGUCUGACACUGUUUACAGUGAAGACACCAGAGAUGCUGAACCAGAGGAUGCUCUUAGGGAAGAGGAGAAAAUUGAGUUUCACCCAACACAGAUGCAAGAUAGCAUUCAAACUGAAUGUUAUUCUGAAACUGUUGUCGGCAAUGUUUCAGAAAAUGAGGAAGUUAUCUCUGAAAACCUGACUGAUCAAACUGGAAUGUCUGAGCUCAGUGUGAAAGCAACUGAUGAUUCUGCAGCAAAAGAGGAAGCAUAUUCUGUAAAGAAAAAUUACCCAGAGAACUUGGAUGUGAAAAAUGAAGAUUCUGGAGUGUUUGAUGACAACAAACCACAGAUCACUGACUUAGAAAAAACAAACUCUGCUCCAACUGAGAUGAAUGAGUUCGAAGGGAGAGUAUCUGAUGAUACAAAACCUAACACCGGUUUUGUAGUUGAUCGUGAAAUGGAAGGACUCUGUGAAAUGAAAGAGAACAGCUCUGCUUGGUUAAAUGCUCAAACAGAUAUGGUUUCUAUUGACUCCAGAUCUGAUGAAUUUUCUCAGAAUGUUGAUGAACAACUGAACAGGGGCAUUUAUAAUACUGGCAACAGACGAAAACUGGGUUCCAGACGAAUAAUUAAAGGAAGACACCAAGUUAAAGAGUCUGAAGAAGAGGGUAAAGAAAAUACAUGGGGAGAUGAAACCCUGGACAUAUCUGAAACAAAGAUGGCAUGUGAGGAACUAAAGCAAGACCUUUCAUCACCUGACAGCUCAGUGCUUGCUCCUGGCAAUUCAUCUGAUGUUCAAAGCUCAAUGUUAAACAACUAUUCUGAAACUGUCUCGAAGAGUUUAAUUCAAGAAAGCCAUUCAGAAGAUCAAGAUGAAUCAGAAACGGGUAAUGUUGAGUUAUCUCAUAAAUCAGAAGAAGACACUUUAUUGGAUAAAUCUGAUGUACAAGAAAGUAAUGAUCAGACUCUUCAGAGUGAAGUUACGGGUCCAGGAUGUUCAGAUAAUGCUGAAAAACAAGCUGAGGAACAUGAGAACUUACCAGCAGACGUAGAAGUAUGUCUGCAAAUGGAUUAUACGUCUGAAACUGUGGCACAUGAUAUUCCCACAUAUCCAGAGAGUGAUUUGGGAAAUGCGAUUGACCAAGCCGAAAUCAUCAACCACAGCCAGUCAGACCUCACCACAAAAAGUUAUGGUUAUUCUAAUACCAAACAGGAACUUCUAUCUGCUGAAGACCAACAAAACCUGUGUUUCUCAACACAAGAAAAUUUGGAGGUUUUAGAUCAGGCAAGUAAGGAUGAGCACCUUUUCGAUUCAAAGGAAACAUCGAUCAGCAACCCAGUUGGAGUCAACAGUACCUUGAGUCAGGUGGGUGAAGGUGGGAGUCUUGUAGAGAGUAUUACGCAAAAUCCUAAAGAGAUCAAACAUCAGGAUAAUUCUCUGACCACAGAUGAGCAAACUGAUGCUGGCUUACGUGGGAGCAGAAGAAAGCUGGGGUCUAGCCGGAGAAAAAAGGGAAGACAGCAGGGUAAAGAAUCUCAAGAGGAAGUUUUGGAAAAUACAAGUGGUGAUAAAACCUUUGAAAUGCCUGUAAUGUCAUUAGAAACAAAGACAGUAGAGCAGGAAGAACAGAGAGAAGAAACUAAGCAUGAAAUUAUCUUGUCUGUUUCACAUGGCGGCUCCAUGUCUUUAAUCCCUCCAAUUAUUUCUUCUCAUGAUCAGAGCACCUCUGUGCCAACAAAUUAUCCUGAUGAUGAUGUGCAGAGUUUAACUUUGACAGAUGAAAAUCUUCAUGAAGAUGUAGAUGACAGAAAAUCUGAUGUUUUAACUUCAGAUGACGGAAAACAAAAUGUUUUCCAUGGAGAGCCCAGAAAUGCUGUUUCAGAAAAUGUUGUGCAUGAAGAAGUUCAUUCAACACAAAUUCAAGACAGUGUGCAAACUGAUUCAGAUAAAAUCUUUGCAGGUGAUGCAGAGAAUGUUGACAUUAUUUCCAGGGCUCUUGCAGACCAAACUGAAGAGUCUGAGCUCAACAUGAGCAAUAUUGAUGAUAUUACGUCAUUACAGGAAGCAUGCCCUUCAAAAGAAAUCAUCCCAGCAGCUCCAGGUCUGAAAAAUGAAGAAACAAUCCAGCAGGAUGUGCAACCCAACACUGAUCAUAUAGUUAAUCAGAACAGUGAAGGACUCUUCCUUCAAAUUGAAGAAAACAAAUUUGCUAUGUCAAACUUGCAGUCAGAAAACGUUUCACCAGGUCCCCCUCCUCUGGAAUCCUCUGAGCGUGUAGAAGAAAAGACAAAAGUGGAUUUCUACGGCAGAAGAAAACUAGGAUCCAGUCGUAGAAAUAAAGGCAGGAUUAAGGCAAACGAUGUAGGUCAACCUAUAACAGAGGUUGACCUCAAUGCAAGUAUGAAUGAACUUGGUGAAAAAACAACAGAGACAGUAGCACAGGGCCAGGAAGCUUUAAUGGGAAUUGUGCUGGAUGAAACUGAGGGAAAUGACUCUUCUCAGACCAAAGAUGCAAAUAUCAGCACUUCUAUUUGCACAACUGUAGGCAUGCAGCUAUCGCCCAUUGUUGAUCAAGAGGAUAGUGACACAUCAUGUUGCACGCAGAUUAUAAAUAGGGAACUACCCAAACACCACAGCAGAGAUCAUGAUGAAUUCAGAGAGCUGCAGGAUGGAAACUUACAGGAAAGCACAUUAUUGUCUGAACCACAUGGAGGUCCUCCCCCAGCCCAACUGCAUGCAGAACAAAACAGAAGCUGUGAACAUACAGAACCUGAAAGUGGGGAUGGGGAUGCUUUCAAGAAAGCUUUUGAACAGGAGAUCGAGCCUGAACAGAGCCAAAAGAUGCUUGAAGCAGCUGAAAAAGAGAGAGAUGAUAUUACAGAAUAUCCUGAGGCAUUUUCCAGAAACUUGUUCAGUGAAAAUGAAAAGAAUGCAAUGAAUGAGAAAACUGAAAUAUUGCAGCCAGAUAAAAAUGUACAGAGUGAACAGCUUAGUGAACCACCAGAAAGAACCACAGAAAAGGGGAGCAACAUGCAAAAUGCUCAAGCUGAGUACAGCAUUGAGCAAGGUGCCGUUUCAUCGCCACAAGAGAUGUUUUAUACUGAUGGGGAAGAGCAUCGGCACAUCAUCUUAUCUAGGGCUGCAGAAACUCAUUAUUUACUUGAUGUUCAAAGUAAAGAAGAGAAAGAGCAGAUUAAAACAGGACAAACGCAGGAAAUGCAUCAGAUCUCAUUUCCAAAUGACAAGACACUCAGAGAAACAAUGCAGUCAGAUAAAGAUGUUACUUUGGACUCUCAUCCUCAGGACAAUUAUCAAGACCUCAAAGAUGACGCUCACCCAGGCUUCAAAGCAUCAGGAAACAGGAGAAAACUCGGGUCAAGUCGGAGAACUAAAGGAAGAAAACACAGCCAGGUUAAUGAGCAAAACCAAGAAAACAAAGACGAAGCUUUAGAAAAUACAGGCGAUGAUGAAACAAUAAUAUUAGCUGGAAGACAAGAAGAAGUAGAAAACUUCAUAAGGCCUAAAAACUUAGCAGCAUUUAGCUCACCUGUGACUGAGAAGCUGCUGGAGGAAAACACAGGUUUUUCACAUGAUGUUUUGGAGGACAGCACAAUUGCAAAGUCAGAUUUUAAUUCAAACUCAAACCAACAAACAAAAGAAAAAGAUGCUAAACGUAUUGAUGAGGCUGAGGAUUCGACUCAGCUUACAGGACAUGACACAAACAAAACGGGUUUGAUGCAAUCAGGCCAAGACUCUGUGUUGAGCAGUGACUCAGAUAUACAGAGUAUCUUAUUUCAUGACGGCAUUUUCAGCCCAAAGUCAGAAAGUGUUUGUGUCAUUGAUCAAGAAGAAGAAGCCUUACAAAGACGAAAGACAGAAGCUUUAUCUUGUGAAAAAGACCCGACGGGAUUCGAAGUCCAUUUGAAAGAGACAAACAAACAGAUCGAAACAGCUGGAUUUAUAACGACAGAAGUCUGCAGUUCACAGGCGGAAAGCUCAAUGGAUGUGCAAAAUCCUAAAAAGGGUGAAGUGGAAGGGAACUAUAUGUAUGCCAGCAAGCAGAAAAAUACUUCAAAUGAGUUCGUUUCUGCUUUGCAGGAGCCAGCUAUGGAUGCAUCAUACCUAGGGGGAAUUUCUGCAACAGUAAACCCACUGGAGAGCCAAGGAGAAAAACCUCAAGAAACAUCAAAACAGAAGAAGAGGAAGAUUGGAUCUUCUCGCAGGACUCCAUUGAACAGAAAACGAGAUGGUGAGAGACAUGAGAGAGACGAGGCAGAAGAAAGCGACUUUAGCGCAAAAGCUGAGAUGACGAAUCUGGGCGAGAUAGAGGUUGUGGGGAAAGUACUGGUGAAUGAAGAAGUGCGACAAAGUAAAGAUGUGCAACCACAACAAGAAACUUCAUUGCAACAAGAAACUCCAGAAACCGAAACUGGUGAUGGGCUACAAAGCAGUAACAUGAGCUUGGCUUUCCCUCCUGAACAAUCUGCCACCAUAGAUCUUAUUUUAGGAACACCAAAACCAGAUGAUUUUACCAACAGUCAGACCCAAAUAUGCUCCGAGGAUACAGAGAGAAACAGCAGCUCAUUAAAUCAGCCAGUGUCUUCAAACACCGGCACCCCAGGAGAGAGCUUAGAGUGUACACAAGGUGAUGAGCUCAGUCCUGAGAGCAUAGAGGUAAGCCAAGUCCAAGAUGUUCAAGAGCAAAUGCCAAGUAGCACGAAUGAAAGCAUUCAGAGUCAAAAUCCUGGAAUGAGGACUGGAAGUCCGGAUUUAACUCCAACCAACAGGAGAAGAAAAAUGGGCUCCACUCGUAAAAAUCUAGGAACACGGUCCAAACAGGAAAUCGUAGAACCGGAAAAGAAAUCCACAGAUACUGUACUGUCUUCUGGAGAUGUAACUGUGGCAAGCGUCUCAGGAAAGAAAGAAACAGAACUACAGCUUCACGCAGAACACACAGACGACAACACUUAUCAAGAAAAGCAGAAAGAAACUGUGGAAAUCAGCCAGUUUGGUGAGUCUUUACUAAGAGCUCUGGUUGAGGAGGAGAAGGCUGAAGAAUCUUCAAUCUCGCAGACCCAAGCAGCAGAAACAAAACGACAGUGGGAUCCAAGUGGACUUUCAUCCAGCCCUUCCAGUGAUGGCACAUCAGAGUCAGCCUUUGGAGGGAGGAGGAAAAAAUUUGGAUCAAAUCGGAAGUCAGGGUUACAAAGAAAACCCGACCAAAAUGCACAAAAUGAAGAUGAAGCUGGAGGACUGAUAGAGGGAAGUGCUCUCAAGGCAGCUGGAAGAGAAGAAUCAUCGGGGCUGAGAAAAAUAUCAGAGGUUGAUGAAAAUGGGCAGAAACCAUCUUCCAGCACCGAUAUUUCAGGAGCUGCAGGGUCUUCAAAAUCUAUGAGGGACAAGACACCAGAGAAACUUGUCCAUCGUAAUAUCCGGUUGGAUCAAGAGAGUGGGAGUCAGCUUUCUUUUGGUGCCACUAGUGGCGCAGAUAAAUCAGACAGCUACAACGUGGUGAUGAUUGGAGAGAGCUGCAUCGGAAAGACUUCUUUCAUGAAAAGAGCUCAGAGUGGGAAGUUUUCUUUAGACAUUCCUGCCUCUGUUGGCCUUGAUUCCUGCAAGUGGACUGUGGUAGUAGAUGGAAAACCUGUGGUUCUACAGUUAUGGGACACAGCAGGUCAAGAAAGGUUUCACAGCAUCACCAGACAAGUGUUCCACAAAGCCCAGGCUUUUCUCUUGAUGUAUGACAUCACUUCCUCUCAAAGUUUUUCGGCGGUCAGCUACUGGGCUAACUCCAUUCAGGAAGCUGCUGCAGAAGACGUGACUGUUUUGCUCCUGGGAAACAAAAGCGAACACGCAAAGCGACAAGUUAAAACGGAGCAGGGGGACAUCCUUGCUAAGGUACCACUUCUAAAAUCUCUUUCUGCAAAAGUUGAAUUCCAACCAGUAACUUUAUUGGGUUUGUUUAAAAAUGAGUUUUUCUUCUUCUCUCAACAGGAAUAUAACUUUGAGUUCAUGGAGUGCAGCGCUGCCACAGGUGAAAAUGUGAUAGAGGCUUUGGAGGCAGUGGCCAGGAUGCUGAGUCAGAGAGCUGACCUGCUGAGAGAGGAAGUCACCGUUUUACACAAAGAGCCAGCGCAGAGGAAGAGCUCAAAAUGUUGCUGAACAGAUGCGCUUGUUUCACAAACAAAGCAAGAGGUGAUAUCCUGCAAAUAGUGGAAACAAUUUCCUGAGUAGACUGUACCUAACAAGAUGGUUUAUAAAGUUGCUAGAACUUAAUUUAUCUUUCUUGUAAUCGCUUGUAUUAUGUGGAAUGGGGGUUUUAUUAUGAAACAAAUCCAACAAAAGUAAGUAAUGGGCUUUCAAAUUUUUUUUAUAACUCAGUUGUAUGGGGUUAAAGGGAAUUUUAAGAGUUAUUUAACUGUGCAUCAAGGGUCUCUGGGUUCUUUUUUGUCUUGUUAGAAUUUAAGUUUAAGAAGUCUUCCAUAUUUAUAUUGAGGUAGUCCCAAGAUUUUCUGUUGAGAAAAGUUUCCUUUAGCAGAGUUUGGAUGUCCUCACUUCCAUGCUUUAUUGUGUACAUUUUUAAGUAAGAUGUUUACUCUGAUCAGGGUUCUGUUGCAUGUGGAAAAGAACCAGUUUUUCUUGUAUUUGUUCUCAUAAACUCUGUUCUGAAUUGUGUUUUAAAUAAUAUUUUUGGCAUACAUCCUCCUUGCAGUGGUCCCAGCUGCCAGGUUGCUCAGAUAAUCAAUUUAUUUCAUUCCCUCUAUGAUUAAAAGCAGUGGUUGUAAAAAUAAUUUUCAGUCCAAAUGUAGCAUGUUGUUUUUUGUUUUUUUUAUUACACUGAUGUGCAUUUCCAACAUAACCCAUGCCGAUGAGAAACCCGGAGACGCAAUCAAUCACACAACAAAAUUGUUCUAAUCUCAUGUUCUAUUCUCAAUAAACUCCCACUUCAACAAUUUGUCUGCUUUGCCGACCUAAUUUGUGUCCUCAAGUGAGUUGUGUUCUUCCAGACUGACAAAGAAGGCUGUGUUCCCAGGGGGACAACAAGUCCUUCAAUGAGCAGCAUGACAACAAUGGCGCCACGGCAAUAACCUCAUAACUUCCCGCAGGACGUUCAGCUGGGAACAUAAAUGCAGAGAUGAACUCCUCCAGCAUAAACAGAGGUCACGGAUAAUUGCAGCAGAUCUCAUUUUAAUGACUGGCACUAACUUUAGAUGGUACAUUUGCUCGCCAGCUAAAGUUCAUACUGUCUCAGUUAUGCGAACGGUUUUCUGAGAAAUGCCGAAUUGAGAGGAAAAUUGCUGUCAGUUUUGGAGCAAAAUGAAGCAAAUUAAUUUAUCGGUGAGGUCGCGUUCUGCAGAUUCUCCUGCACUCACUUAGGGUUUCAGCACAUAUUGUCAGGGUUACCAGUCCUCCUGCAUGUUAUGAUUUAUGGCAUAUGUUCCUGCAGUGGUGAAGCUUUAAAUAAGGAAUCUGCAAAAACCACAAACAGACAGAGGGACGUUUUAAUAGACAAAUGGGUAAACGGUGGGAAAGUUAAACCAGAAAAUACCAAUAUUUUUUCACAAUAUUUUCCAUACUUUUAGUUGUAGGAAAACCAUUUUUCAUUCUUUUUCCAAUUUGAAUAACAGCCUUAUCUGUCACAAGUAACCAAAUGAUUUCAUGGAAAUGUUUAGACACUGAAAAAAAAAAUCUCUAGUAAAAGAUACAGAGAGAGAAAGCUGGCUGGCUGCCUAAUCAAAAGGAAUCAGACGAGUACAUUUGAGGGCUCCAGUCUUCCUCAUAUCUGCCUCAGAUCCUGGGGGAGGGUCUGUGGAGGUGAGUGUUUAGUGGACCUAAACACACACAGAUGUUUAGAUUCAGGUGUUUUCAGGUACACACCACACUGGACUGCAGUUGCCAUUGUAUUAACUUGUACUGUGUUUACUUUUCAAUUAUAUUUGUUAUCGUAUAUGCACAUGUUGUGUUGCAAUAUUUUUUUCUCUUUCUGCAGGUGUAGAAGCAGACUUAUGGGGUGUUGGUUUCCAUUCUUUGUCCUUCCCUCUCCUGACUUCCUCCCUUUCCAUUACUUUUGAAAUAAACCCAAAUCAAUUUCUAAUGAAGUGGAGCAAAACAGUGAAAGCCGUAAUGCUCCACCUGUGAAAGAAAAUCUAUCGGGCCACACCUUGGUACUCAGACCAUUAUGGGUCCCACAAUGCCAGCCAGACAGGGCACACUAAAACAAAAACACACUCAUUGAAAAACCAGUAAGUUAUCUUUACUGCACACUCUGAGAUGACUGGUAUAACCACAUCCCAAACAAAAUACAAGGGGAGUGUAUUUCCUCAGAGCACAGCAUAUAUUUUACAAGCAAUGGAAAGAGUAAAAUCGAUAUAAAUGGUGGUAAUAAACCUGUGCAUCCUGUAUUUAGGCUUUAUUAAUGGAUCAUGUUCUCAUUUGGCACUUAAAACUUUCACCACAGUCAGAGACAUGGCUGCUCUUCGACAAAUAUUUGCUGAAAUAAAUUUGCAGAGUCAGAACAUGUAAUUCAUGCAAGUCUGAGUAAAGUCCCCACUAAACUCAUCACAGACAUGAUCGUCAGCCUUCAACUAAUUGAUGGGAGUCGUUCUUAUUCCUCAUUGUGACGUUUAUGCAUCAACCUUAGAAACAAGUUAUAGAUUCACGUUUGUAAUUUCUGUUCAUUUCCUCAAAUCCAAAAGGGUUGAACUGAUACAAAAAGGAUUAAAUACAUUUACCUAAUACUUAAUAAACGCUCCUGCAGGUUUUGAUUUUCUUUAAUGACACGUUAAGGCCUGAAAACUUCUUGGUGGCUGACUGAUCACACACAGCCAGCAUGAAGAGGAUCUGUUCAAUACUCACUGGAUUCAGCAGCAUCCAGAACUGAUGCGUGUAAAUAAAACAAUAACUCUUAAGAUGUUGUUUGAAGGGAUUUAGUGGCCAAACGGAGAAGAGACACGUUAGCAGGUCUGUCCCCCUGUUCGACUUUAACUUGCAUGAUCACAUUUGUUCCCAAGAAGUGAAACUGGGACAUUUUCAGUUAUUUGGUUUGUAUUUAAGCUGCAGGUGCCACAUUUUUCCAGAUCAGUCCUCCUCAAGAGUAUGAAACCUGGCGGUCGAGGAGACGCCCAUUGAACAAACUUCAAUACAUCAGUUGUGUAGCAUGUAUUUGAGUCUGUUCAUAUAAGUUUGACCACAUACAUGUUAGGGAAAACUCUUGAGCACCUUUUUUGUCUUAGAAAAAUCACUCAAGCCUCUUCAUUCCAAAACUGAAAAACAAGGAUUUACAUAAACAACCAAAACGUUAACAAUAUUAAUUCUCUCAAGGACUUCGGUAUAAACCUUGGCCGGCAACCACAGAGUCACAUUUGUAUAUUAGCCCAAUAUAUUUGAGGAGCAUUUCCCUUGUUUGACCUCGAUAGUAAAAUUUCUUUAUUAACUGAGCUGUGAAAUAUCACUAUUUUAGUUCACUUUUAUUUCUUUAAUCACCCAUCAGCUCAGUUACACUGCACCUCAGUU